CAGCUGUUGCUGCUUUUCAGUCCAAAGUUUAUAAAAUAUUUUUAAUUACUUGAAAAUAUGAUGUCCAUGCCAGAUUCAGACUCUGAGGAUGAGUUACCGCCAGGUUGGGAAAUGCAAGCAAAUGACGACGGUGUCGUUUGUUAUGUAAACCAACAGAAUAAAACAACGCAAUGGACACACCCACGAACUGGGCGCUCAAAACGAAUUGCCGGCGAACUGCCCUUGCAUUGGGAGCGGUACUAUGAUGAGCAAAGCAAGCGAUACAUGUUUCUUAACAAAGAAACUCAACAACGUACAAACAUUGAUCCACGCUUAGCUUUUGCUGUUGAGGACCCAACAUUAAAUGUGUCCAAAGUGCGUCAAAGAUUUGAUUCCUGCAGCACUGCCUUGCAGGUGUUACACGGCAAGGACUUGCACGGUCGUCUAGCACUCAUUACUGGCGCUAAUUGUGGAAUUGGCUACGAAACAGCACGCUCACUAGCAAUGCACGGCUGUGAAAUCAUCUUUGCGUGUCGCAAUAUUGCGGCUGCCAAUGAAGCAAUUGAACGCAUUGCAGUAGAGCGUCCAGCCGCACGUUCUAGAUGUCGUGCAGUAAGCCUAGACCUAAGCUCGAUGCACUCAGUCAAACAAUGCGUGGAGACUGUAAAGGCUGAUGUACACCACAUAGACUAUCUUAUACUUAAUGCCGGCGUCUUUGCUUUGCCACAUACCAAGACCACAGAUGGACUCGAGACAACAUUCCAAGUAUCACAUCUCUCGCAUUUCUACUUAACCACACAGCUGGAAUCCCUGUUUGAUCACAAUACAAGGAUUGUUGUAUUGUCUUCAGAAUCCCACAGAUUUGCCAAUCUGCCCGCAAACAAUUUAACACUGCAACAUUUGUCACCGCCAAAGGAAAAGUUUUGGAGCAUGAUGGCCUAUAACAAUGCCAAGCUAUGCAAUGUGCUCUUUGCCCAGGAACUAGCAGAACGCUGGAAACAACGCGGCAUUUCAGUUUUCUCUGUGCAUCCAGGAAACAUGGUCUCUACACAGCUCUCCCGAAAUUAUUGGUUUUAUAGAUUCUUGUUUGCGUUUGUGCGUCCUUUCACCAAGUCGCUGCAACAAGCCGCAGCCACAAGUGUUUACUGCGCCACGGCUCAUGAGCUAACUGGACUAUCGGGCAUGUACUUUAACAAUUGUUUCUUCUGUGAGCCCAGCAAACUCAGCAAGAGCGCUGGACUGCAGCAACAGCUUUGGGAGCUAAGCGAACAGUUGAUCAAGGAUAUAAUGGAGCAACAAACGAGUGUUUUUGUUUAAAUAUUUAAUCUAUUAAUAAAUUUUGCUUAACAUAAACAUUAAAAAAAUGGCCUAGCUACAGUCUAAGGAACAAUUUGUUGUUUGGUUAAGUACUAG